CUCUCUCGCCUCCGCCGCCCGUGGAAGGAGGGAAGGUGGGCGACGCCGAGCGGCUUCUCCGGGACAGAGGUCCAGUCCCUCUCGGCGGGAGACAGGCGCCCGUUCUGCUUCGCGGCCGCCGGUUGCUUCGGACGCCGCUCCGCGCCUCCCCGGGAACUGCCCCGGCUCGGGGUCGCGAUGGAGCCCACGGCCGCCACCACGCUCACGGGGCGCUCGCGGCCCCUGUUGCUGCCGUUUCUCCUGCGGCUGCUGCGCGGGAUCGCGGCGGCGCCGGCCGGGUGGGUCGUGGGCGCGCCGCGCGGCGGAGCGGAGACAGACGCUCUCUUGCUUUCCUACAAUUUCUCCAUCACACCUCAGGCCAGGCCCGGACAACCGUGGUGUGAGAUUCAAGGCCAGGUCAAUGGAAACGAGUUUCUUCAUUAUGCCUGUGGGAGCAGGCGGGUCAGACCCUUUGGUCCUUGGGGGAUGAAGCUGAAGGACACAGCAUUUUGGAACACACAGAUGGAACCUCUGGAAGACCUGGGGGAAGAGCUCAGAAAGAAACUGCUGGACAUCAAAGCAGAGAAUUUCACUGAGAGCAGUUCUGUCACCCUGCAGGGCUGGCUCAUGUGUGAGCGUGGGGCCGACGGACACACCAGAGGAUCCUGGAGGUUUGUCUUCAAUGAGCAGUUAACCUGCCUCUUUGACCCGGAGAAAAGAAAGUGGAUACAGUUUCCUCCUGGAGGCCAACAGGUUAAGGACAUGUUGGACAGUGACAGAGAGCUGACCGAGCUCCUCGUGAAGAUCGCAAAUGGAGACUGUAAGAGAUGGCUCCAGAAACUGCGGGAGCACAGCCAUGAGACGCAGGAGACCACAGGAGCACCGGCCACAACCCUGCAUGGACCUCUGGUCAAAAGCGCAGCCGUCAGACCGAUCACUUCCGUCCUCCUUGUGGUCCUCACGCACUUAGUCCUCCUUGUUGUCCAAGGCAUAGUCCUUUGAGUAACAGGUACUGUGGGCAUAACUGAGUCAGAAGUGAGAGGCAGAUGGCCCGAGGUGAGCGCAGAGAAAGGUGAAUGGCCAGCCCUUGUCCUAUCACCUGAACCUUCUCACGUGAACAUGAGACCAGAUGCGUUGGACUGUAUUAGCUUCUCCCAAGAAAGAGACUCAUCAGGAGCUGUUGAUGUAGAGGUUGAGGCAGAUAAUUAUUAUAAGGGAUUGGCUCACGACUAGAGCUGAAGAACCAGGGAAGCCGGUGGUGGGGUUUCCAGCGCAAACCCGAAGGCCCGAGAAUCAGGGCAUCUGUGGUGUAAGUCUAGGUCCUGGUCCAAAGAACCAAACACCAGGAGUGCUAAUGACCAAUGCUGAGGGCAGGAGAAGGAUGGCCCAGCCAAACUGAGAGCAAAGUCACCUUUCCUCCGCCGUUUGUUCCAUUCAGGCCCUCGUGGAUUUGAUGAGGACAGUCUCCUUUACUCAGUCUACUGAUUCAAAUGCUCAUGUCUUCCAGAAACACUCUCUAGACAGACCCAGAAAGAAUGUUUUCCCAGCUCUUGGGGGGUGUCCCUUGGCCCAUCAAGUUGACCCAUAAAAGGAGCCAGGACCAAGUUCUCACAUGCUUGAUAGCUGUUACCUGGGCAAACUUAUCCUUGAGCUCUGCUAGUGCCUCGUUAAGGCUGGUGCGAAAGCACAGGGCUCCCCUGCCCCUGACCCCAAAGUUUGCAUCCUGUUUUUGCUAAAGGGAUUGAGCAAAAUCAGGCCUGGCUGAGACCAACUUUUCACCUGGGAGGGGCCCGAGUGAAGGCUGGUGUGCAGACAGUAGGAGCACCGGACAUGGGCAACCCUCUGGCUUGGGGGAGAGCCGCAGGUGGCUGCACGUGAUGUGUCCUAGGGAUGGGGGACCUCUCCAUGCUGUGUCCAGGAGAGGGGCCCGUGUCUGAACCAAAGAAGAGGGGUGGGAAGGCCGUUGCUCACCCAACCAAAGGCUGGCUUGCAGGGCUCUGCUCCCAUGCUACUCGGCUUGGGUGGUGGCAGCUAACCAGAGGGCCCAUGGGAGAGGCUCUCCAGGAUGAGAUUCGAAGGCCAGAGCUCCAGGGUCCCCUGGGAUACCUGGCUCAGCCCUGGUGUGCUCAGAACCUGGCAGCUAGCCUCCUGCAGAGCCCAGAGACCCAGCCAGCUGAACUGCUCCCGCCUUGAGCAGAGGUGCCUCAGAGUGCCUCAGGAGGGGGCACUGAGCUGCUGUUAGAAGGGGAUGCUGUCACCUGACCGGAAAAGGAAAGGGUGUGGCAGGGCAAGGACAGUCACGCUCAGACCUUGUGUUCAGCUACCAAGGGGAGGAGAGGCUGAAGACAAAGGAAGAUGGUUCUUUGCCUAUAAUCUUCCCCAAGGCUACAGGAACCAGGAUCCAGGUCCCUUUCUGGGGAGGGCUCCCAGCCACGCUCUUAGGCCUUCUCACCUGGCCAGAGGGGGGCCAGGAUCUAUGUCAUGGGAACAGAGGAAUCAUUGGUGGCUUUAGUCUUGAGCCUAGGUGUUGAGUAGUAGGGCCUGGAUCUGACUGUUUUGUGGUAAUGAGGGAAGGGUUUGGUCAGGCUGCUGGACCCAGGGGUUGGGUGUCCCAGGUUAGGGGUGGGGGUAGUGUAGGGUGAUACUUGACCCUCGGUAUGAGCUGGGCUUUGAGCCAGGCAGUAACUCGGGAGGGAGAAGCCCAAGAAGACUGACCCAAGAUUUUCUCAGCCACUGGAACAAGCUCCUGUUUCUCUUUUAGAGGCUGAAGUUGCUAAGGAAGGCCUGAGGAUCUGCUCUCCUGCACCCGCUCUCCCUUCUGAUGAGUGGCUUCUACCUGCUGUCCAUGUCCACCGAUGGGACCUUCGAUCCCUAUGGCGAAGGCAGAAUCCUCCAG